AUGCCUACAAUGGCGCAUGCAUGGCGCCUCUCAGACGCAACGCUACGUUGUCUUAGCGAUGAUCACGAACAGAUCGUCCUAGAAAAAGGCACCGAAAUAGUAGCAGUGCCUCAAGUCGGGCCACGCAACGGCAGGAGCGAAGAUUCCCGAAAGCGUGAUGAACAAAGAGCAGAAGAAGAUCGGAUUCUGCGUCAACGGUGGGCAGAAUCCAAACUUCUUGAAGAAGAGGUUGCUCGACGCCUAGAGCGGUACUUAGACUCCGAGUUAGCAAAGUUGCUUGUGCUACGUAGAGUGCAGUUCAAUGCUGAAGUCGAACGACGGGUGGAGGCUGAACGAGCUGAGGUUUUGCGCAGAAGAGCUGAAGAAGCAGAACGCAAAGCUCGAGAAGAGGCAGAGGCGCUAAGACGGCGCGAAGAAGAGGAAAGACAAUUAAAAGAGCUGAGUGAACGCCUUGCGCAAGAAAGAGAACGAGAAUUAGAGGAACAAAGACGUCUGGAAGAGGAAGCUGAGCGAAAACGAUGUGAAGCAGAAUUACGUGAACUUGAAGAGCGUCAACGACGAGAAGCUGAAGAACUCCAGCGUAUUAAACGGGAACAAGAAAUUAUUCUAAACAAAAAACGGAUUCGACCGAAGCUAUCAUUUACACUAAAAAAGUGA